AAUUAAUGUCCUAACAGAAAAAUCAAAAGAAUGUUGUAGUAUACAAUUAUGAACCUCAUCCAAAGACCUUGACUGAAUAAGGUAACAAUAUUCAGUAAUCUCAAAUACAACCUGAUGAUUCACCCUUUAAUGUUUCUAAAAUUUUGAAAGCUAAACAAUAACAAAGCAACAUUUUUCAUCUGCCUUAACAGGAUCUAGUAGAUUAUAGUAAAGUAACACCAAAUUAACAUGCUGAAAGUAAAAUAAUAAAAUAUAUAGUAGAAAUAUUGCCAUAUGAUAUGUUCUGGUGGAAUAGUUAGAAUUUGAAAGAAAAUAAGAAAACUGAUGUAAAUUCUCCUAUAAUUACUAAUGUUCACAUGAUUUAAAGCAGACCUUAGACUUCCACAUAAUAGAGAGUUAAUACAGAGUCAGUUUCCAAUAAUUAAUAAUUAACUGAAUAAUAAUUCCUUCAAAUUUAAUAAUAACAAUAUUAGUAAUUUUUACUAUAACAGCAACAAAUCAAAAAUUAAUUAUAGUUGUAACAAAAUGAAAAAUAAAAACAAUAGUUGAAUCAAUAAUAAGAAAAUCCAUAUAAUGUAAUUAAAGAACAUAACCAAAUGAUUGAGACUGCUUCAUUUGCUGGAUAAGAUAAUCAUUAAGGAGUGUUUUCAUAACAACCGAAUUCAUAAUAAUAGCCAAACUAAUCAUAAUUAUCUAAUUAGUUAUAAAAUCCAGCAAAGGUAUAUGAUAAAGUCAAUAAUCCAAAUUCUGAGUUGAAAUAAAAAAACCCUAAUUUCUCAGAUGUAUUUGGAAAUGGUUUAGAAAAAUAUUAUUAAUAAAAGCCAUAGUAAAAUAGCGGAAAAAAAUAAUAGGUUGAUUAUAUGUAAGAGAGUGAAUUAUAUGGUGUUAAAUAUCAUUAAAGAUAAAUGUUGAAAGGUAUGAGUUCAUAAAUGGACACUCAUUAAUAUUAUGGUUAAAUGUUAGAUAAAUAAUCACAAGAUUAAAUUAAAUCAAAGCAACCAAAAAGUAAAUCAUAGUCUCCAUAGGCUUCUCCAGGCAAAAACCUUGAAUAAGAUGAAAAACUGUUUCCCAAGCCUUUCUAUACAGAAUUAAGCAUAAGAGGUAUGGGAAAGGAUGUUAAUUGGGAUAAAUUAAGUGGAUAAUUAAAUGGCGUUUAAAUAUCAUUAGUAGAUAUUACAGUUGUAAAGGAUAAAUAAGGAAAAAUUAAAAAUCAUAAAAUAAUAAUUAAACAUUUUGAUUAAGGAAAUUUAUAAUUGGUUAAAUAAUGGGUUAUUACACAGGGUGGUAGAAUAGUAGAUGAAAGAUUAUUGGAAUCAGAAGAGGAAUUCAAAAAAAUGAUCAAAUUAAAAGAAGGUCCUAAACAAAGACCUAUGAGAAUUGCUGAGGAAAAAGAAAAAUUGAAGCAGUAAAAAAAAAGACCACAAAGUGCAAUACCCGUUUAAAAAUAAAAGAAAUGA